CUCGUACUUUCUACCGCAUACUUUUCACAUACACAUUGCACUUUGUACCCUGUACCUCGUACAGCAACGAGUGCUUGGACGUUUUGCGAGUACAUUAGACAGUCCGAGAGGCAAAGCAAAGCAAAAAGAGGUUCUUUGUUCCAUCCGCACUCUGUGUGGUGCAAUGCCCACACCACCACCACCACCAACGAAAAAAUGGUCACGACGUCCGGCUUCACCCACGCCCCCGUGUCUCGGUUCCUGAUUUUUUGGUCGGUCGGCGCCUCCAUCCUCACUUCGGUUCUGGAUAUCAAGCACCUCGUCUCCGUCAAACCCGCCCCCCACCUCUGGCCUUACCUACAAUUCUCGCGUCUGUUGACUUUCCAACUGUCGCACACCUCUUCCACCGAACUCCUCUUCUCCACCGCCCUAUUGUACCAUUUCCGAGUCCUAGAAAGGUUGUGGGGGAGUAGGAAAUACGCCAGUUUCGUGGUGGUCGCGGUCGCUCUCAAUAUUCUCCUCUUGCCGACCUUCACGGUCUUGCUCAAAGUCGCGACUUUUGGCGUCUACAAUUAUCUGCCUGCGGGUUCGGUGGCGGUUGUUUUUGCCGCGUUGAGUGCUUGGGCCGAUGAGGUUCCGCGUUUAUAUCGGUGGAAGAUUGUCACCAGUACGAGCACCGCGGGCGAAGGAGAGACAUCGUCACAGUCACAAUCACCACCACCGAAUGGAGGUGCUGGCGGAUUAGGAGGUGGUAUAAACAAUAUAAUUCUCAGUGACAAGACGACUACGUACGUCCUGGCGGCUCAGUUGGCCCUGAGUCAAUUCCCUUAUCAACUCUUGCCGGCCGCGGUGGGUUGGACGAUAGGGAGCGCCUGGAUGGGUGAGAUCCUACCGGCAGGCCUGGGAAGGUGGAGGGUACCACCUUGGAUGGUAGGGGAGACGAGUUCGCGCAAAGAGGGCCGUCGUGGACAGUACGAAGGGUUGAGGAGACGAUUGGAGGAGGAAGGCAGUUCGGCAGACGGGAUGAGGAACGUGAGUGAUAAUGUCAACAACGCCACGAGCGGUGGACAAGACGAGAGGAGAGGGUUUGGGAGGCAGAUCUUGGGAUAUUUUACGGGUUCUUGAAGAAGAACAAGUUCAAUAGGCCAAGGUUAAAAUAACACAGAUCAAUAUCCUCCCUUGGUGUUUUUUUGGAUACUUGUGCCAAAGUACGUGAUGGCUAAUUGUCUGAUUUAUACAUGUAGGGGAAUGAAUGGCCAGCAUAGUACGUAGACGUCUGUGAACACCAAAAGAAAAGCCCUGGUGUCAUUCGUAUGGUCCUCAGCAUAACGACCAUCAGGAGGAU